AUGCUUUUCUAUUCCUACUUCAAGACCUUGGUUGGCAAAGAAGUCACGGUAGAAUUGAAAAACGAUCUGGCCAUCACGGGGAUAUUGCACUCGGUAGAUCAAUACCUUAACAUCAAGCUCAACAACGUGCAUGUCGUCAACGAGCAGAAGUACCCGCACAUGAUGUCUGUGAGGAAUUGCUUCAUUCGCGGGUCAGUUGUGCGAUAUGUUCAGUUGCCGCCUGGCAGUGUGGAUGUUGAGCUGCUGCAUGAUGCCACAAGGAGGGAAGCAAGAGGGUGA